AUGAAUAACAAUAAGACGUGCAUCGUGGAUGACAUAGUACACGUCCUGGAAGAGUUAAAAAAUGCUCAGGCCACGAAUCAGACCAAUUUUACUCUUGCAUACCCAAAUGAUCACCCACUUGAAGGAAGUUCAACUAUUUACGACUGUGUUUCUUUUUUAACCUCAGUUUUGGAGGAAUUAGAUCAGAUAAAAACUAGAAGAGAGGAAGAAAAGAAACAAAAAGAAAGAGAAGCAGAAGAAGCACAAAAGCAACUAUCCCAUGGCACUCCUGUUACAAUAGAGAAUUUUUCAAGUUGGAAGGCCAAGUUUGAUGCAGAACUUUUGGAAAUUAAAAAGAAAUGGAUGAAAGAAGAAGAGCAAGCAGGAAAAAAUAAAUUAAGUGGGAAACAGCUAUUUGAAACAGAUCAUAAUCUUGACACAUCUGAUAUCCAGUUCUUGGAGGAUGCUGGAAACAAUGUGGAGGUAGAUGAGUCUUUGUUCCAGGAAAUGAACGACUUGGAGCUGGAGGAUGAUGAAGAUGAUCCAGACUACAAUCCCGCUGACCCAGGGAGUGACUCAGCAGACUAAUGGACUGUCCCCAUCUGCAGAGAAGUUGACUGCCACAGCAUCUGUGGCUAUUCUGAGAGGGUUUUGAUAUUCCUUUCUUUUUUUCUAAGAAAAAAAAUAAUUUUCAGGAGAAUAUUCUUCUGAUCACUUUCAUCACUGACUUAAUAAACUAACCUUAAAGUU